UCCAUUGAAGUUCACUUCGUGAGACGAGGAUAAGAUGACGAUCGAAGAGUUGGAGGCCUUGAAUGUGUUGACGGCAUUGUCACGCCCCUUUUCUUUCCGUCGGCUCAUAAAUUGUCUUGAGCAUGAUGAUUUCGGCUCGAGGGUAUUCGAGAUAAUGGGGAGAAAAGGAUCAGUCCGCAAUUGGUUUCAUGCAUUCGACACUGGCAACGACACUGGCAAGGCGAGUGCUGGACGUUCAGGAACCCCUUCCAAACCCGUUCAAGUCCUCCCGAGCGUGCGGGUGGUGUCGUGUGACGAAGUAGUGGCUGUUGAGGAGCAGCCAUUGGUAAGGAAACGGAAAGGCAAAAUGGUCGACGCCACUGGAGGCGUGCCAAAAAGAAUGAAGGAGACCGCAGAGGAGACAGAUCGUCCCUUUCCGAAGGGCCUGUGGGAUCCUUCUUUCAACUUGAGCCAUAAAAUGGAUUUUAACUUGGAUGAUGCCGAGAAGAAGGUGGUGGAGAGCAUGACCGAACAGCAGAUGGCUGACGACUUGCUAGAGAUGGCGAGUCGAAUAGCUAUGGCGGCUUGGCACAUGGCGUACGCUUCUGAUAGAGGCGUCCUGAGGGCUGAGUUGGAGAAGUCGCGGACGUAACUGAAAGAGAUAGCGGACGCACAUGCCGCCUGUGAACAAAGGCAAAGGCAAUCGGAACAGUUGUUACGUGAAGGACAGGCAUUACUUAACUCUACUCGGGCAGCCGGCUCUGCCUUGAAGAAAGAGAGGGAUGAGCUACGACUAGCACACGAUCAGAUGACAUCCGAAUUGGCACAACUAAGAAAGAUUGUAGUUGCAGUGACCCAAGAAAGAGAUGGCGCGAUUAAGGAGAGGGAUGAAUUGAUUGCCGCGGCCGCUGAAGAUCGAGAGGAAAGAGAAGAAAUGCGCGAAGCGAUAAUGGUGGAGCAUACGAGAGGCUUUAAGAAGGCGCUAAGGCAGGUCGCGCAUCUUCUCCAAGUGUCGACUGAGGGAGUGGCAUUUGACGUGGGUAAAGAUGUAUAUGAGGGUCAGAUGCUGCCUCUAGCGGAGGUUCCGGAAGACGCUUUCCUGGAAGCUGAAGAUGGUGUCGAGCAUGCGACGGUCGCUACGGAAGGUCCUAAUGAAAUGGCCGCUGAGGAGGAGCCAAGCGUUGGGGCGGUGGAAGAAGCUGUUGUCGGAUCUCCAAAUGUUGUAAUAGAUUAAGUUUUUUGAAUUUGGAUGUAAUGAUGAACUUGGUUUGUGUUUUGGCAUGAAUUUGCGAUGACUUUUGAACAUUUGUGAAGAUGAAAUAGAUGACUUUGAACUUUUGAAUUUGGACCUUAUGAUGUGUUGAACGAUCGUCUAAAUGAACGGUCGUCUAGAUCGAAUGUGUUGAUAGGUUUUUAUGAACGAUCAUCUAAGAUGAAAAUCGACUAGGGGAGUAAUGUCCCGAAUUUAUCUGGGUGUUCAAGGGAGAACAUCUGCCAGAGGGAGUGUAUCCCGAAUGUAACUGGGUGUUCGAGAGAGAACAUCUACCAGAGGGAGUGUGUCCCAAAUGUAACUGGGUGUUCGAGAGAGAACAUCUACCAGAGGGAGUGUGUCCCAAAUGUAACUGGAUGUUCGAGAGAGAACAUCUACCGUAGGGAGUGUGUCCCAAAUGUAACUGGGUGUUCGAGAGAGAACAUCUACCAGAGGGAGUGUGUCCCCAAAUGUAAUUGGGUGUUCGAGAGAGAACAUCUACCAGAGAGAGUGUGUCCCAAAUGUAGUUGGGUGUUCCGAUUCGCCAAGGUGCGGACGCUCGCCUGUGAACCUAUAUCCGGCCGAGUACUUGUUUCUAUUUGGCUGCUUGUGAGCGACCAUGCAAUUUGUCGAGCGAAUUCGAAAGAAUUUGAUCCUGGGACUCAACACUUAAGAACAAUAUAAACGGAGAAUAUAUAAAUUAUGAGAAAAAUGAUGUGUUCUGAACAUAAAUGAAUUUUAACUAAAAUAAUAUUUGAGGUGAGUAGCGUUCCAUGUGUUGGGGACGGGUUGUCCAGUGAGGAGCUGGAGGCGGUACGCUCCAUUCAUUAGAUUCUCAACGACGCGAAACGGUCCUUCCCAGUUAGCCGCUAACUUGCCGUGAGCUUUAUUCUUCCCGGCUUCUCCGUGUUUCCGCUUCUUGUUGUUUACGUUGAAUUUCCUGCUGCUCCUGUAUGGUUUGAGCCUGUGGUUUGAUUUGCGCCUGCAGUUGCCUGAUUAGAUCUAAAGUGUUGUUGUCUCCCAUAGCUCUUGUGGUCUUCUUUGGGGAUGUCAAAUCUCGGCCCCACGGUGGGCGCCAAAAUGUUUCAGUAUAAAAGUUGGGACCGAAAUAUGAACCUGGUGAGUCGCAUCCUCUCCUCCUAAGAUGCCUUUAUCUUCACGUCCUUUUCUUAGUCAGCACGUUUCAGGGAGAAUGGGGUGGGUACCUGCGAAGGCACUCCAACGCUCAAGUCAGAAAAAAGGGAAUUGUAGAACUCUUUCAGUUCAAUAAUUGAAGAAAAUCAUAAAUCUCUCCUCCAGAAAAAACGUACCUUUUUCUCUUUUCUGUUUUUCAUAUUUAAACUAAAAAUCCGGUUGGUUACAGAAUAAUGGGAGCUCAAUAAGAACGUUCUCCAAACUCGCUUUGACGAUGCGACAAGAGUUCACAGUUCUUUGCCUAUCGGUUGUUAAGACCAUUAUCAGUAAUGACCAUGCGGGGAGAGAAAAAUGACAGAUGAGUUUCCACACAAUUAGUGAAGUAAUGUACUGCCAAGAGGAGGAAAUUCUUCUAGGCGCGAUCCACCAGAAAAGGGCCGACAAUAUCCAUACCCCAUUGGGCUUAUGGUCAGGGGCUCACAAUAUUAUGUAGCUCGAUCAAUGGCUCAGUCGAUUACGGGCGAGCUGGCUAGAAUUGUCUUCACCCCAAGAAAACAGCCUCACAUUGGUCUCCCACUUGACAGUAGUGUUUUUCUUCAUGGCCUUAAGAACGCACUAUAUUAUCUCAACCAGCUUAGGGAUGAAUUGUGAUAAGGAGGUCAGAGUCAGAUGGCUGACAGGUUGCUACACGGGAAUGCACGAGAGCACGGUUUCCCUUUUCAAAAUUUGUUCUCGGAGGCUUACCAUAGCUAGUGGUAGCAUUUUAGGGAGAGACUUGCAUGAACUCUUGAACCAAGUGUCUUUCCAAGCACUCUGAAAAAGAAAACAGCAUAAUGAAUACGUGAAUGAGAGGGAAAACAAC